AUGGCGGUAGGUGAUAUCGAGGAAUUUUCAGACACACCUCAACCUGUGACACUCGCCAACAAUUCCACAGAUAUUGAAGUUAAAACUCCUGAACCAAAGAAAAAUAUAGCUGAGUCAUCGAUCACCAAUCAAAUCGAAAAAG